AUGCAGGACUAUAACUACCUGAAUGGAAAUUGCCUGGAGAUCACCAUAGAACUGAGCUGCUGUAAAUUUCCCCCGGCCUCCGAGUUAAAGAAAGAGUGGGACUACAACAGGGAGUCACUCAUUGCCUACCUGGAGCAGGUAGGCUUUCACAAGACAGUGUCACACUCAAACUUUCAAACUAUCAUACACAUAAUUUCAUUGCACAUAUGAAUAUCCGUAGUAUUACUCUCCGGUUCUUACUACUGCACUCUAUUUAUUUAUUUAUUUUUAUUUAUUUAUUUAUUUAUUUAUUUUAAUUGAAGAGAUUGUUCCGUCUUGACAUCCGUUUGCAGUAGUUAAUUAGUUCAAGGCAGCACUUAGUGAUUUGAGCUUCUUUUGUUCCCAGCUACUGAGGCAAUAGGAACAGUGUUUGAGAUCUCUUCUGACUUUAUCCUGUUCUCUCCCAGGUUCACAUUGGAGUGAGAGGCUAUGUGAAGGACGCUGCCAAUGGGACAGCGCUGCCUGAUGUCAGGAUCGUGGUGGCAGGCAUCAACCAUAACCUGACCACGGCCCAGUUUGGUGACUACUACCGCCUGCUGCUCCCUGGGACAUACAACGUCUCAGCUAUAGCCACGGGGUAAGUACUGCUGGAGGAAUGAGCUCCUCUAUUGUUGCUACAGUAACUUGCAGGCACAGUGUACAGAAAAUAAAGUAUUUAACGAAAGAAGCAUACUCUACUCCUGAUUUUAGUUCCUGUCUGUUUUUCUUGGAACUGAUUUGUGUGGUGUUUUCUUACAGGAAGUAAAUGUACAUCUUAGAGCUUAAUUUCCUCUAAGAUAUUUUCCCCUGUUACUGGUACUUUCCCAUGUUACCUGACACUUCCUGGUGAAAUACAUUUCAAAUAUAUCACCUGGAUGUAGACGCACUGCUGUGCACAGGGGUUUCACUUAGUUUUUUGCAUUACGAAAUGUUUUGUUUUAUUUUAUUUUAACUGCAACAAAAUAAACAUAUUCAAUGUCUCGGUCUUCAUAGGUACAUGUCCAUGACAGUAGUUGGGGUUCAAGUGGUGGAGGGCAAGGCCACCGAGCUCAACUUCACCCUGGCACCACUGGGAAAUGAACCCACAGUUGGCAUAACCGUACCCUUUACCCCCACCAUCACCACUACCACCGUCCCUACCACAACCUCUGACCCUGACUCCACCACCAUCGAGACCUCCAGCACCACCUCUGAGAUGGGGACCUCUGUGGCCAACGAGAGCUCCACUCCCCAGGAGGCUCAGCCCCCAGCCCAGCCUGAGCACCAGCCCAUCCAGCCACAGGACUUCCGCCAUCACCACUACAAUGACAUGGAGCUGUUCCUGCGCAGGUACUGUUAUGUUUGUGUUAUAGCCUUUGCAGUGAAGCAUUUAAAAUAUUAAGCUAGCAAGUAAUGUUAGGAUGUGAGAGCUUGAAUAAAAUGUGAAAAAGCCUUGUUCUUUCAACACAACAGGUACAGCAACGGGUUCCGUUCCAUCGCUCAUCUCUACUCCAUUGGGAAGUCAGCAGAGGACCGUGAGCUCUACGUCAUGGUGAUAUCAGACAACCCCACCGUCCACGAGCCAGGUAUGGGUGUGACUGGAGCUCCAGAAGAGACUAUUAGCUCUAAAUUGAGGCCUUCAAUCUAUGGUUGUUUGGUUUAUGAUGAUCUAACUUCUUACAGUAACUGGAUUGUGUUCAAACACUGAAAUUCAUAGUCUAGAAAAAUAGCAGUUCUGCUGUUUUCUUCCUUAAAAAAAUCCUGAUAUUAUUGCUUCAGCUCAAUGAUCUAGUAGCUUCAUAUCCUUUUGAAUGUGGGGUACUCACUCGUAUCAGCAGGUCCAUUACAGCGUUGUGUUUUUUCAAUAUUUUGGUGGCCUUGAAAUGGCACUGCAAGGAUAAGGAAUGAAUGGAGUGCUUUAGUUUAAUUGAGUGUGAAUUUGUUCAGGAGGCUGCCGCCCUCAUUCUCUCUCAGCCGACUCUGCACUAUUUUUUAAUAGCAGUCUAACACUUUUUUCUUUAUUUUUCCGCCUCUUUUCUCCCCUUUCCUUCAGGUGAACCAGAGUUCAAGUACAUAGCUAACAUGCACGGGAACGAGGUGGUGGGACGCGAGCUGCUCCUCAACCUCAUUGAGUACCUGUGCCGUAACUAUGGCAGCGACCCUGAGGUCACCCAGCUGGUCAACACGACCCGGAUACACAUCAUGCCUUCCAUGAACCCAGAUGGUUAUGAGAUCGCCAGGGAGGGUAAGAGAGGGAAGUGUUUGUGUGUGUGUGUGUGUGUGUGUGGGGGGUCUAUUUGUGAAAAUGUUGCCUGUACACAUGCCAGGUGAAGAAAAAUGCAGUGUAGCCCUAAAAUAAGGCAUUUAACAUGAUUAGCGGUAAGUAACUGUCUGGCUGUGAACAAAAACAAGUGUCCGAUUCAAAUAACUUGAAUAUGCUAGCAGAAACUAUCUGUAUGUCAAUUGUCAGACUGAGACCUUGAAAUAAUUCUGAAUGGAAUUUCUUCUCUUUUGCUGCCUAGCUUCCUUAUUUGCCCUGUAGAUUUUCUCACACUUCCUCUUACAUAGGUCUAGUUUUAGCUCAGGCAGUUGUGCUGCUGUUUUCCCCAGCGCUUUAUAAACAGGAAGUUGAUCAACAGGGGAAAUAUUUAAGGUGUAACUACCCUAUUAUUAAAAUAAGCCCUGGAAAUAUGUGUUUUGGUACUGUGACAUCAGAAUGAUCCAUUUCAGUUGUCUUUGUAUAAUUAAUUGAGAUAUAGAUAUAAUGUAUUUAGGGUGCAAUGUAUUUGUAUUGUUUUCUGUUCAUUUUCUCUCGCAGGUGAUGUCAGAGGGUACACGGGACGCAACAACAGUAACAACUUUGACCUGAACCGUAACUUCCCUGACCAGUUUACUACCAUCACUGAACCCAGGCAGCCAGAGACCAUCGCUGUGAUGAAGUGGCUCAAGAAUAAUCCCUUCGUGCUCUCAGCCAACCUACAUGGGGGUAAGCCCUAAGCGCCCCCAUUUUCCAAUGUUUAUAAAAAUUGUAUAUUGGCCUGCCACCGACAUAUUGGCCCACUUUGGAAGACAGCUUUAUUAUUUUAGUAAUAUACUGUAUUCUCAUUGCAUAUUUCCUCUCUGCCCACUACAGGGUCAUUGGUGGUCAACUACCCAUAUGAUGAUGACAAGCAGGGACGUACGGAGUACAGCAAGUGUCCUGAUGACAAGGUCUUUAAACUGGUGGCCAGAGCCUACUCUCAGGUCAGUGGACUUCAACAAACAAUUUCGGUCAUUAUAUCAGUCCAUUAAUGUCACUUUUUAAUGAAUAUAUUUAUACAGUUGUAAAUUAUUUUUAUUCUGUUAAUAGAACCACUGGACAGUUGAAGAUACGUUUACUGUUUCAAUUCUGCUGUUUGUAUUGCAUUGCAUUUGCCCUUUUUGAUGUGUGUCCAGGAAAAUGCUCUGAUGCACAAAGGGCACCCUUGUGAGGACCUUUACCCAUCGGAGUUCUUUGAGGACGGCAUCACCAACGGCGCCAACUGGUACAAUGUUCCCGGUACGUGCCCUCCCAUGCCAAUACACACACUGAGAGGAAGAAUUUGUGUGUCUGUGCGCACCUGUGCGUGUGUAUCUGACUUCUCUUUGUGUUCUCUCGCCAGGUGGGAUGCAGGACUGGAACUACCUGAACACUAACUGUUUUGAGGUGACCAUAGAGUUGGGCUGUGUGAAGUACCCUAAAGCCCAGCACCUGCCUUUGUACUGGGACCAGAACCGCAGAGCCUUACUGCAGUACAUCCACCAGGUCAGCAUACUUACAUGCUGUCCUUCACUACGCUCUCAUUCAUUCAUCACCCUCACUCACUCUCACUCACUCUCUCUCUUAAUCACACUCUCUCACUAACUCAAUUGUAUUUAUUUUUUACAUAUAAUUUCUCUCUUUCCCUUUGUCUUACCUACUUAUUUUGUCUCAAAUGCACCAACUUCAAUUUGAGGUAAUCAUCCUGUGUGUGUGUGUGCCUCUGCAGGUCCACAGAGGAGUGAAGGGCAUGGUGAUAGACAUUAAAGAUGGUACAGGCAUCCCUAAUGCCACCAUCACGGUGGAGGAGAUUGAUCAUCCAAUCACAACCAACCUAGAUGGAGAAUACUGGAGACUUCUGGUCCCUGGAACGUACCACCUCACAGCCUCCGCACGGGGGUGAGAGACAGGACCAUAGUAGUAACUGAGAUAAAUUAGAGGGUUUGUUUAAAAUGUAGACCCAAGACCGGUCCAAAAAACCCUAUUUAUCUGCAGGGUAACCACACCCUAACCCACAGAAACAGAACAGCUAGAAUGAACAACCUUCUAUACCCUAACCCUCCCUCCCCGUCUUCUCAGGUACAACUCGGUAAAGAUCUACGCCACAGUGCCAGAGGAGGGGGUGGAGCUGGUAGACUUCCGGCUGACACGGGUGCGUUCGGAGCCCAACGGCCAGGCCCCCAAGGACCCCAGGGCCACCCAGGACCCUGCAGAGGAGGUGUUCCAGAGCUUCAUUAAGGACCUGUCUCUGGGCCAGGGGCUGGAGCAGCUGGUUCAGAGUACUGCCACAGAGAGCAGCUUCAGAUACAGACGCUACAAGGAGCUGUCUGAGUUCCUGAGGGGUUUGACGCUCAACUUCCCCAAGAUCACCUCCCUACAUAGGUAGGCCUGAGUUAUGACCUCCUAGCUAAACUCAUCAAAUGUCACGCCCUGCAUAGGUAAACACUGACCUCUAACCCCUAGUGUAACUGCCCUUCAUCAAAAUAAUUUUACUUGUCAUGUAAAAAAAAAAAGGUAUAUAUAUUAUCACAUACACCAGAGAAAUGUAUUGUUUUACAGGGUCUGCCAUAGUAGUACGGCGUCCAUGGAGCAAAUUAGGGUUAAGUGCCUUGUUCAAGGGCACAUCGACAGAUUUUUCACCUUGUUGGCUCAGGUAUUCGAACCAGCGACCUUCCGGUUACUGGCCCAACGCUCUAACCGCUAGGCUACCUGCCCCCCUGUACCCCUAAUGGCUAACCUCAAAACCUCUCCUCCAAAUGGUUUGAAUUAUGGUCUACGUCUCUAUGCAGAAGAGUCUGCUAGGUAACCAUAUUCCAUAUUAUCUACAGUGGAACUGAUAAUAAAAUAAAUUUUUGUGUCUAGUUUGGGCCAGAGUGUGGAGUACAGGACCAUCUGGGCCUUGGAGAUCUCCAACAAACCAGACGAGCCUGAAACGGCCGAGCCCAAGAUCCGCUUGGUGGGAGGUAUCCAUGGCAACGCCCCCGUGGGCACAGAGCUCCUGCUGGAGUUCGCUGCCUUCCUCUGCAUCAACUAUGGCAAGAACCCCACCAUUACCAGGGUGAGAUGCUUUAACUGAGAUGGUUUUACUACUCCAAUCAUAACUACAGUGCCUAGUGAAAUUAUUCACACCCUUGCACAGUUGUGUUGCCUUGAAAUGGCUAAAUAUUCAUAAAAUGUGGAUUUUGUGAUCUACCACACUUUCUAAACAGUUUAGAGAUGUUGUAAAAUAAAAAAGCUCCCAUUAAAUAUCACUGCUGUCCUGUUUAUCCAGCAUUCCUCUUUAUCCUUCUCCCUCUUCUCCUCUCCACAGUUGAUAAACGAGACGCGGAUCGUCAUCCUUCCCUCCAUCAACCCAGAUGGACGAGAGCUGGCCAGAGAGAAACAGUGCACCUCUACUGUGGGCAUGACCAACGCACACGGGAAAGAUCUGGACACUGACUUCUUCGGUCAGUACCUGCUGUUGUUGGAUAGACGGAGAUGUUUGUGUGUUGUGUGUGUGUGUGUGUAUUUGCAUGCCCUUACAUGUCUGAUGGUAUCGUGUCUGUGUGUGCUGCUGCUGUAGGUAAUGCCUCCCAGCGCGUGGUGAUGGCUCAGCCAGAGACCAGGGCAGUGAUGGACCUGAUCUUAGAGAGGGGCUUCACACUCUCUGUAGCCCUGGAUGGAGGCUCCCUGUUGGCUACUUACCCCUACGACAAGCCUGUACAGCCAGGUAGGAGCAUGGAGCUCCAAAUAGAAUAUUUUAGUGGGAAAAUUAAUAGUUAACUAAUCGUGUACUUUUUUUCAGUUGAAAAUGAGGAAACUUUGAAGUACCUGGCCAAUGUGUACGCCAGAAACCAUCCCAAGAUGCACCUGGGGGAUACAGGAUGUCCAAGCAAUGGCCAAAGUAUGUACCAACAGCACCACAAAUAGACCACUGUGACCUAUAGACUGAAUUAAAAUGAAGUUUUGAAUUGGAAAAGAAGAUGGCUUCUAUAUAUCUAUUGACUCCUCUGUUUCAGCCUCCUCUUCUCCUCCUCUCUCCCCAGUGGGUAACAUCCCAGAUGGAGUACUCAGGGCAGCAGAGAGACAAAGUCACAUGGGCAGCAUGAAGGUAUGUUUCAUCAACCCCUGCGUUCUAAUGCUAUACCUCUCACAGGAGGAGGGUUGUUCUGUCAACCCGGGCCCAAAGAGGCAUCUGGAAGGACAGGACUAUAUUUAUUGGUCAUCAAUAUGCCUCUUCUGAUCUGUGUGUAUGUCUGUCUGUCUGUGUGUUCCAGGACUUCAGUGUGGACUUUGGCCACUGUCCAGAGAUCACGGUGUAUACAGGCUGCUGUCUGUUCCCCCCGGCCGAGCAGCUGGCCACGCUGUGGGCUGAGAACAGGAAGGCACUGCUCAGCAUGCUGGUGGAGGUCAGUAAUACCCUUGACCUCUGAUCUGGGGUCAUGUGAUACAAAUGCAUGAAAUAAGUUCACAAACACGUUGAUAAGAGUUAUUGAGUGUGUUUGAUAAUAAUUAAUUCAUGCAUUUUGGCACUCUGAUUGGUUACUUAUCAAACGCAUUUGUUUGAUACAUUAUUGAAUGCGUACAUGGCAUACAUGUGUCAAUAUUGCCACCGCAGAUUUAAUUAAAAUAAUAUUACUUAAUGUAAUAGACUAGUGAUAGUCUGUCUUCCUGCGAUAGACUAACGUCACAGAUAGAACAAUGAGACUGAUUUCACCCACUUUGACUCAUUUGUUCCCAUUUGAAACGACGGGCUGUGGUCUAUCUGGGUUUAGUUAUACAAAUCUUUGCUAGCGUCCUGUUCAGGGUGUGUACUUGUACUGUACAUCAAGCUGUCUUACGCUACAGUAACAGGAUAUAGGCUCCUGCCCUAUCGGCCGUUCUGGCUCGGACAAGGCUACUUACUUUUUGUUCUGUGUACUUUACAUUCAAUCUGUGUUUCUGUCUCUCUCUCAGGUCCAUAAAGGUGUACGUGGCGUGGUGAAGGAUAAGAGUGGGAAGCCCAUCGUGGGGGCCAUGAUAGUGUUGAACGGGGGUGUGAGGGUGUUCACUGCAGAGGGAGGCUACUUCCAUGCUCUGCUGGCACCAGGAAACCACAACAUAGAGGCUGUGGCUGAUGGCUACCAGCAACAACGGCAGGAGGUGGUUGUGUCGUCAUAUGAAGCCGCCACGUCCAUCAUCAUUGAGUUUGACAUGGACAACCGCAUUUUUGGCCUGCCCCGGGAGUUUGUUGUGGCUACUGCAGGUAAGCAUGAGGAGAAAUGUGUUUUGUGGAGAUGUUACCUUUUGUGUAAUGUUGCCAGAUGAUUGCAGACAAUGACUUAAAAAAAUUAAAAAAUAAGAUGCUCUUAUCCAGACCGAUUUACAGGAGCAAUUAGGGUAAAGUGCUUUGCUCAAGUGCACAUCGACAGAUUUUUCACCUAGUCGGCCCAGGGACUAUUGUAGGGAGUAUGACAAGGUGAAUAAGUUAAAUGCUGUAGGUCUUUAGGACAUAUGUUUGUUUUGUGCCUCUGCCUCAUGUACAGUGCAUUCGGAAAGUAUUCAGACCCAUUUACGUUUUCCACAUUUUGUUACCUUACAGCCGUAUUCUAACAUUGAUUAAAUGUUUUUUUUCCCCCUCUUCAAUCUACACACAUUACCCCAUAAUGCCAAAUAAAAACUGGUUGUUCAAAUUUGAAAUAUCACAUUUACAUAAGUAGUCAGACUUUUUACUCAGUACCUUCUUGAAGCACCUUUGGCAGCGAUUACAGCUUUGAGUCUUCUUGGGUAUAUGAUGCUACAAGCUUGGCACACCUGUAUUUGGGGAGUUUCUCCCAUUCUUCUCUGCAGAUCCUCUCAAGCUCUGUCAGGUUGGAUGUGGAGUGUCGCUGCACAGCUAUUUUCAGGUCUCUCCAGAGAUGUUAGAUUGGGUUCAAGUCCGGGCUCUGACUGGGCCACUCAAGUACAUUAAGAGACUUGUCCUGAAGCCACACCUCUGUUGUUUUGGCUGUGUGCUUAGGGUCGUUGUCCUGUUGGAAGGUGAACCUUCACCCCAGACUGAGGCCUUGAGCGCUCUGGAGCAGGUUUUCAUCAAGGAUCUGUCUGUACUUUGCUCUGUUCAUCUUUCCCUCGAUCCUGACUAGUCUCCCAGUCCCUGCCGCUGAAAAACAUCCCCACAGCAUGAUGCUGUCACCACCAUGCUUGACCGUAGGGAUGGUGCCAGGUUUCCUCCUGAUGUGACGCUUGGCAUUCAGGCCAAAUAGUUCAUCAGACCAGAAAAUCUUGUUUCUCAUGGUCCAAGAGUCCUUUAGGUGCCUUUUGGCAAACUCCAAGUGGACUGUCAUGUGCCUUUUACUGAGGAGUGGCUUCCGUCGGGCCACUCUACCAUAAAGGCCUGAUUGGUGGAAUGCUGCAGAGAUGGUUGUCCUUCUGGGAGGUUUUCCCAUCUCCACAGAGGAACUCUGGAGCUCUGUCAGAGUGACCAUCGAAUUCUUGGUAACCUCCCUGACCAAGGCCCUUCUCCCCCGAUUGCUCAGUUUGGCCGGGCGGCCAGCUCUAGGAAGAGUCUUGGUGGUUCCAAACUUCUUCCAUUUAAGAAUGAUGGAGGCCACUGUGUUCUUGGGGACCUUCAAUGCUGCAGAAUUUUUUGGGUACCGUUCCCCAGAUCUGUGCCUCGACAAAAUCCUGUCUUUGAGCUCUACGGACAAUUCCUUCGACCUCAUGGCUUGGUUAUUGCUCUGACAUGCACUGUCAACUGUGGGACCUUAUAUAGACAGGUGUGUACCUUGUCCAAUCAAUUCAAUUUCCCACAGGUGGACUCCAAUCAAGUUGUAGAAACAUCUCAAGGAUGAUAAAUGGAAACAGGAUGUACCUGAGCUCAAUUUUGAGUCUCAUAGCAAAGGGUCUGAAUACUUAUGUAAAUAAGGUAUUUUAGUUUUUUAAUUUUUAAUACAUUUGCUGAAAUUUCUAAAAACCUGUUUCUCUUUGUCAUUAUGGGGUAUUGUAUGUAGAUUGAGAUUUUUGUAUUUAUUUAAUCCAUUUUAGAAUAAUGCUGUAACGUAACAACAUGUGGAAAAAGGGAAGAGGUCAGAAUACUUUCAAAAUGCACUGUAGACAGUGAGGGAAAAAAGUAUUUGAUCCCCUGCUGAUUUUGUACGUUUGCCCACUGACAAAGACAUGGUCAGUCUAUAAUUUUAAUGGUAGGUUUAUUUGAACAGUGAGAGACAGAAUAACAACAACAAAAUCCAGAAAAACGCAUGUCAAAAAUGUUAUAAAUUGAUUUGGAAAUAAGUAUUUGACCCCUCUGCAAAACAUGACUUAGUACUUGUUGGCAAAACCCUUGUUGGCAAUCACAGAGGUCAGACAUUUCUUGUAGUUGGCCACCAGGUUUGCACACAUCUCAGGAGGGAUUUUGUCCCACUCCUCUUUGCAGAUCUUCUCCAAGUCAUUAAGAUUUCGAGGCUGACGUUUGGCAACUCGAACCUUCAGCUCCCUCCACAUAUUUUCAAUGGGAUUAAGGUCUGGAGACUGGCUAGGCCACUCCAGGACCUUAAUGUGCUUCUUCUUGAGCCACUCCUUUGUUGCCUUGGCCGUGUGUUUUGGGUCAUUGUCAUGCUGGAAUACCAAUCCACGACCCAUUUUCAAUGCCCUGGCUGAGGGAAGGAGGUUCUCACCCAAGAUUUGACGGUACAUGGCCCCGUCCAUCGUCCCUUUGAUGCGGUGAAGUUGUCCUGUCCCCUUAGCAGAAAAACACCCCCAAAGUAUAAUGUUUCCACCUCAAUGUUUGACGGUGGGGAUGGUGUUCUUGGGGUCAUAGGCAGCAUUCCUCCUCCUCCAAACACGGCGAGUUGAGUUGAUGCCAAAGAGCUCGAUUUUGGUCUCAUCUGACCACAACACUUUCACCCAGUUCUCCUCUGAAUCAUUCAGAUGUUCAUUGGCAAACUUCAGAUGGCAUGUAUAUGUACUUUCUUGAGCAGGGGGACCUUGCGGGCGCUGCAGAAUUUCAGUCCUUCACGGCGUAGUGUGUUACCAAUUGUUUUCUUGGUGACUAUGGUCCCAGCUGCCUUGAGAUCAUUGACAAGAUCCUCCCAUGUAGUUCUGGGCUGAUUCCUCACCGUUCUCAUUAUCAUUGCAACUCCACGAGGUGAGAUCUUGCAUGGAGCCCCAGGCCGAGGGAGAUUGACAGUCUUUUGUGUUUCUUCCAUUUGCGAAUAAUCACACCAACUGUUGUCACCUUCUCACCAAGCUGCUUGGCAAUGGUCUUGUAGCCCAUUCCAGCCUUGUGUAGGUCUACAAUCUUGUCCUUAACAUCCUUGGAGAGCUCUUUUGUUCCAGCCUUGUGUAGGUCUACAAUCUUGUCCUUAACAUCCUUGGAGAGCUCUUUUGGUCUUGGCCAUGGUGGAGAGUUUGGAAUCUAAUAGAUUGAUUGCUUCUGUGGACAGGUGUCUUUUAUACAGGUAACAAGCUGAGAUCAGGGGCACUGCCUUUAAGAGUGUGCUCCUAAUCUCAGCUCGUUACCUGUAUAAAAGACGCCUAGGAGCCAGAAAUCUUUCUGAUUGAGAGGGGGUCAAAUACUUAUUUCCCUAAUUAAAAUGCAAAUCAAUUUAUAACAUUUUUGACAUGCGUUUUUCUGGAUUUUUUUGUUGUUAUUCUGUCUCUCACUGUUCAAAUAAACCUACCAUUAAAAUUAUAGACUGAUCGUUUCUUUGUCAGUGGGCAAACGUACAAAAUCAGCAGGGGAUCAAAUACUUUUUUCCCUCACUGUAUAUGCUUGUCUGUCCUUCCCUGCAGCGGCCUCCAUGACGGCCCUGGUGGUGACAGCCUGUAUCAUCUGGUGCGUGUGCGCUGCUAAGUCCAACCAGCAGAAGGAUGGUUUCCACCGGCUGCGGCAGCACCGUGACGAUUACGAGGACGAGAUACGCCUCACCUCCAUGGGCUCCAAGAAGUCCCUGCUCUCCAAUGAGUUCCAGGAUGAGAGCGAGAGCGAUGAGGACACACUCUACGCCAACGCCGACAAACUCUGA